CUGACCUGAUGUGGACCGAAGCGUUUCUAACAUGAACUUUCUCCCUGGGAUCUGGUGGUCUCUUCCCUUGGUCUUGGUCUGGGCGACCCCACUAGUCACCUCCUCAUGGUGGUACAUGGGCGCCGUGGGCUCGUCGCGGGUGAUGUGCGACAACGUGCCGGGCCUGGUGAGCCGGCAGCGGCAGCUGUGCCGGCGGCACCCCGAGGCCAUGCUCUCCAUCGGCCGCGGCGUGGCCGCCUGGACGGCCGAGUGCCAGCACCAGUUCCGCCGGCACCGCUGGGACUGCAACGCCCUGGAGCGGGGGCAGCGCCUCCUCGGCCGCGUCCUGCUGCGCAGUAGUCGAGAAUCUGCUUUUGUACACGCCAUCUCCUCUGCUGGAGUUGUUUUUGCCAUCACCAGGGCAUGUAGCCAAGGGGAGCUGAAAUCCUGCUCCUGUGAUCCUGAGAAGAAAGGCGCUGCCAAGGACAGCAAGGGCCAUUUUGACUGGGGUGGCUGCAGUGAUAACAUUGACUAUGGCAUUAAAUUUGCCAGAGCCUUUGUGGAUGCCAAAGAACGGAAAGGAAAAGAUGCCAGGGCACUGAUGAACCUUCACAACAACAGAGCUGGAAGGAAGGCUGUGAAGCGGUUUUUGAAACAGGAGUGCAAAUGUCACGGUGUGAGUGGAUCCUGCACUCUAAGGACCUGCUGGCUGGCCAUGGCAGACUUCAGGAAAACAGGAGAUUAUCUGUGGAAGAAAUACAAUGGAGCAAUUCAGGUGGUCAUGAAUCAAGAUGGCACAGGUUUCACUGUGGCUAAUAAGAAAUUUAAGAAGCCAACUAAGAAUGACCUGGUGUACUUUGAGAGCUCUCCAGACUACUGUAUCAGGGACAGGGAUGUAGGGUCCCUUGGGACAGCUGGUCGGGUGUGCAACCAAACAUCCCGUGGCAUGGACAGCUGUGAGGUGAUGUGCUGCGGGAGAGGCUACGACACCUCCCGUGUCAGCAGGAUGACCAAGUGCGAGUGCAAAUUCCACUGGUGCUGUGCUGUGCGCUGCCAGGACUGCCUGGAAGUGGUGGACAUUCACACCUGCAAAGCACCAAAGAGCGCUGGCUGGAUUUCCCGGACAUGAUACACAGGCUACUGAUACUGAGGACCACAGCCUUUGCCUUUCCUGCUCUAUGCAGGGAAUGCAUCAGAGUUCUUUUUUACUUUCAUGCCUGUUUUACCUUUGCUCAUUGCACAGGAGCUGCUGAAAAAUUGAUAUAAACCCUGCAGCAUUUACUUUGCAUUUCUGCAUGACAUUGUUGCUGCAGAGUUGUCUCUGCAUAAACUGAUGCAGCUCUGGAAGGAUGUACUUCUGCCAAGACUCUUCCAACCACCAUGUUCCUUGUGGCAAUUCAUUCCUGCCAUCAAGAACACAAGAAGAUACAAAAUAUGGCACUUUUACAAGAUCACCACCAACAACUACAUGGGCUGGGCUUGCUCAAGCAUCUUCUGAAGGAACAGAAGGUCACAGUUGAGCCCUGGAUACUGAAUGGCUCAGGCGUUUGAGCCAUUGGUUGGUGAUUUCCCCAUUUAUGAAAAUUUGCGGCCAGAUUG